UCCCGCGAUUGUCAGACCAAAGAUUUUUUCUGAACACGAGUUUAGAAGUUUAGGCUAGGCAUCAUGCCGAAGAAACCUGCUAGAAAUGGGUUUUACUUUUUCAUGAAGGACAUCGAACCAUCGCUUAGAAAGGAAGGGCGUGUUUUUCCUAAUGGCAUCCAGGACGUUGUUCCCAUUGCACACCCUCGAUGGAAGGCUCUUACAGAUAAAGAGAGAGCAGUGUAUGAUCAGAGGGCUAAGGAAUAUAAAAAGCAAAUGAAGGGAGCCAGUGGGGAUUGCUACAGAAUGGACAACCAGGGAAAACUGCUCUCAGAGCGUGUAGAUGUUGAAGCUGAGACUGAACAGCUGCGACUAAAGCAGAGAAUGUCUGUCCGAGAGAAAUGGCCUCCUGGAGAAGAGGUUGCAAAUGAAGUGUUUUAUUUAAUCAACUUCCAAACACUGUGUCUGACUGAUGAUGGUCAUUAUUUGCCCGCAGAAAUCGGUGUAAUUGAAUACAGCAUCAAGCGAGGCAUUAGUAAAAAACUCCACAGAUUUAUAGAACCAGGAAGGAUUCCUUUGGGAUAUAAAGGAGUUUGUAAAGAAAAAAGUGAGGAUUACCAUAAAAUUCCAAUGGAGAAUUUUGAGAAUGCUGACUCUAAUUACAGAGGUUUAUGGAUCCAGUUAGAAAAUUUUGUAAAUCCUAAUGGAGAGAAACCAGAAUACCCUCCAUUUUAUUGUCUGGGCAAUGACAUUAAAGAAACAGUGUACUGUUUGGAAUGGAUUCAUGGGAGAGCCUGUCUUGGAAUCCCUAAUCGUCUGAAGAAAGUUUAUGAAUUAGAGGGCAUGGUCACAGACCUGUUUCAACACAUAGGUCACUCUGUGUCAAAGACACGAGUUAUUGAAAUGCUGACUUCAAAUUCUUGGGAUUAUGAGCCCAAAACCAGAUGUGAUUACCAUGAAGAACUGGAAUGUAAAUACUGCUCACUGGGGAUUAUUCAAAGAUACUCGUAUGCUAUCUCAGACAGUUUUUGUGGCCUGUUGAAGAUAGAACUGACCAACAGACAUCUCCCUGUCCGCUCGGACAACCCAGUGGUAGCUCUUCCACCAUCUUCCAUGAAAGUCAAAGUUCCGUCACAGAGUCAGAGGUUCGAAAAAUCCCCAAUUAAACAGAGCAACAGUUACAGUGCCCUAGCUAAGAAGAAUUUUAAAGAUGAAAGUUCAGAUGAAAGCGAUGAUGACAAUCAGUCUAUGACCUCCCUUAGACGUCCUCACCUCCCAGUAAAUAUGGCACCAGCACCAAGAGAUCCAUGGGCAGAACAGCAAAAACCUAAAGUAGCAAAUAUGGGACGAGGCAUGUGGUCUGGCACACCUAUUCCCUCCAAACCUCCACCCCCUACAGCUACACAGACAGAGUUUCCAUCGUUGGGUCGUGGUAUGGGAGGUGUAGCAGGUGCUCCCUCUUUAGGUUUUACCUCUAAUGGUGGAGAUUUUCCAGGACUAGGAAGGGGGACUGGAUUACAAGGGGUAGGGAUUGGGAGAGGAGUUCCUUUAAGUCAUGCCCAGCAGCCAGCAGGACAAAAGUUUGCAGGAAGAGCUAUGGCCCCAGAUCCAAGUUCAGCACCAGUCCCUCCAGCAGCUUGGGUAAAAGAGGAACCCUCCAAACCAACUUUAAACAGUAUAUCACACAGUCUACAAAACAGUCAAGCCCCUAAGGAAUCUUCUGCUGUACCCCCGGGAUUUAAGGCUAUGGAGCCUCCAGUCAGGGCACAAAUUCCACAGCAACAAUUAGCCAGCAGAUUAACCGCUCCACCUCAGAGAGAAGUCACUGGAAGAGGAAAAGGAAUCAUGGGAACUAUUGAUCCAUCACUGAAACUUCCGAAAGGCCGUGGUUACGCUCCUCCAGGAAUGGAUGUUCAGAGACAUCUUCAGAUGUUGCAGUUGGGUAACUGAUCAAAAAGAUUCAAACUGUUUUCAUAAGGGAAAGCUGAAUGCAUAUACUGUAAAUGUGGAGAUCUUAGUUGUUAAAUCAGGAUUUGCUGAAAGAAGAUCACUUGAAUCCUAGUUGUAGUAGAAUUUGCCUGAAGGACUGGCAUGUAUUCAAUUGGACAAUUAUACUGUGAUGUUUUUGAUAUUUCUUUGUUUUGGCUUGAUUGUGAAGCAACAUAUGUCCUUUCAUCCAUCUGUGUGUGUUAGAUGGCAUCUUUCAUGUGCACUAUUUUUUUUUCAAGAAUAUGUUGUAAAUGAUCAAUUACGAUUAUCCUUUACUUUCAACUGUAGGUAAAUCACAAAAGAAGUAUUCAAUACCACCUUAAGAAAACAUAAAUGAUUACUUAAGGAGGCUGAUUAAUGAUAUACAGUUGAACUUGAGUAUCUCAAACAUUAGCAUCUCCAAUACCAUUGAUACAGCAAUAUCUCAAAUCUUCAGAUAUUUCUCCUGGGUCCCAUCUAGUUAUAGAUGACAAAAGAUUGACUGUACAUGUAGACAUGAUGCUUUGUUGUCUUUGAGAUGUUUCAUUUGUUUUUUGUUUCAUAUGUACAUAAAUCAUGAGACCAUUAAUAGUUCCUCAAAAUAGCUUUAACCUGGUAAAUCCAUGGACACAGGGUUGUCUUUCCAUCUACUGAGUGCACUUGUAUGACGUCAGGUCUUUCUAUCCACUCCAUAAUAAUCAUGUGUCAUUUAUAUCAGUGCUUUACAAUCUGGCCAUAUUGUCUUUUCUUUUAUGAAGAAUGAAUGUGCAGUUGUUUGAUAUGUAGGUAGUACAUAAAAGUUUUGUUGUAAAUGUCUAGGUGACAGAAUUUAUUUUUCAAAAAUAAACUUUUUUAACAUUUA